AUGACCUCGGCCAGCACUGUUGCAGAGGGGUGGGAGGAAAUGACCGAUUCUGGCAACAUGGUGUCUAAGAGGAGCGUGAGGGCGUAUGUUGAAGAUGAAGACCAAUGUCAAGUCGUGGACACCACGUCAAAACGCAACUCGAGAUGCGAGGAGGACUCGUCUGCUAGCUCGGCGACAACCACUAGGAGGGCGUCAACCUCGAGCAGUCGAACCGGCUCCGACAUCUCCUCGGCCUCACACCCCGAGCAAGCUACUGUCGAUCUGGGCGCCGAGCUGGAAGAGCUUCUCGGGCCCGAAGGUGCGACAACCUCUGGUGAAGUUGGUGUGCUCCUAGCUGACUUCGGCGAAGCAUUAUCACUCCCAAAGCGAUUUUCGGUCCCCAGCACCCGCGCUGGGCAGCCUAUCAAUUUUGGCAUGGUUGUGCCGGGCGUGUAUCGGAGCAGUUACCCGCAGGCACAGGAUUACGACUUCAUUCGGAGUCUGAAGCUCAAGAGCAUCGUAACUCUGGUCGACAAAGACUUCCCUGAAGGCUACAAGGCCUUCAUCACAGCCAAUGGUAUUCACCAUUAUGUGUUCAGCAUGAAGGGCACCAAGAAAGAAGAGAUCCCGAUCAAGACGAUGAAGGCUAUUCUUCGGCUUGUGCUCGACAGACGAAAUCACCCUUUACUCAUCCAUUGCAACCACGGCAAGCACCGCACGGGCUGCGUUGUUGCCAUUAUCCGGAAGGUCACUGGCUGGGACUUGCCGGUUGUCCUCGACGAAUAUCGUGCCUAUGCCGAACCGAAAGUCAGGGACUGCGACUUGCAGUACAUAUCCUCCUUCAAGCUGACGAGCCUAUCUCAUUUGUUCAGCAAGGACACUACGGCUUUGGGCUUCCGAGUCCCGAACUUUUUCCGCUACACCUUCUUCACCCUGUGUGUUCUCAUCAUCUGGUACAUGACCGGAAACAGGAUGACCGCUCCAUCAAAGCGAGCACGCGAGAUAUGA